CACAUUUAAUUCCUGCUUUGCUUCCAAUGAGCUGUACUCCAUUUUUGUUCCUGUGAUAUGUAAUCAGGUCUCCAGCUCGUUUCCGUGUCACACCGUCGCGCUCGUUAGAGAUAAUCUGGUCGCUUUGAAGGUGCUGGUUCCAGAGAGCAGCGGUAGGUCCGCCUGCCUCCGGAAUCACCUCUGAUCAGUUCAACCACAGCAGCAGCGCAGCGGCUUCCAUUUUAACUCCGACACCGAGUCGCGUCUCACGUGUCCUGGGCUGUCUCUCUCACAUGACCCGAGUGUUUGUUCCCGUGAUCAGCACUCCCCAUCUCUGUCUGUGACACCGAAUAUCACUUUUUAUUUUCACCCUGAUGGAUAUGCUCGAACAGAGUCUGGACACUGCAAGCCAAGAAAAGCAAGAAGAAGAGGUUGUCCAGACAUCUGAAGACGGAACGGGAGAAGAGCCGACGGGUGUAACAAUAGCCAGUGUUCAGCAGGCUGCAGCGUUUGGUGACCAUAACAUACAAUAUCAGUUCCGCACAGAGAGUGGGCAGGUGACUUAUCGUGUUGUCCAGGUGACCGAUCAACACCUUGAUGGAAGAGAAGAAGCAGGAGGAGCAGUGAGUGUCGUCUCUACGGCUGCAUUCGCCGGUGCUCCUCAGGCUGUGGCUCAGGCUGUGAUCCAAAACCCUUUCAGUAAUGGAGGAAGCCCAGCAGGAGAGGCAGUGGGAGGGGAGACCCGCUUCGCUUACUUCCCCGCGACUGCUGUAAGCGACGGGACCGUGUCGGUGCAGGCCGCAGCAGACCCAACCCUGACGCAGGCGGGGGGCCAGUUUUAUGUGAUGAUGACACCUCCUGAUGUCAUUCAGACAGGCACACCACGAACCAUCGCCCCACGCACACAGCCCUUCCCCGCAGAUGAAAACGAGCCGCUGCAACAUGAAGGUUUAAACUGGAAAAUGGACGGACCCCGAACGCCAAGAGAUGAAAGAAGAAGAGCACAACAUAAUGAAGUUGAAAGGCGGCGAAGAGACAAAAUCAAUAACUGGAUUGUCACACUUUCCAAGAUGAUCCCUGACUGCAAUAUGGACAGCACAAAGACCGGAGCGCCGUGUGCAUCUCUGUCCCUUCAGAGCAAAGGAGGUAUCCUCUCUAAAGCCUGCGACUACAUCCGUGAACUGAGGCAAAAUAACCAGCGACUGCAGGAGAACCUAAAGGAAGUGGACAGGAUACAAGUGGACAAUGAGCUUUGCAGGCAGCAGAUUGAAGAGCUGAAGAAUGAGAAUGCAUUGCUCCGAGCGCAGCUCCAGCAGCACGGCAUUGAGAUGGUUGGAGAGACGCCGCCACAAUAAACGGGCAGAAAACGAGCAGGGAGGAGCAAACGCCACUCGGAUGUAACUGACAUCGUGGAAAAGCAGACGAGAAGAUUGGAAAAAGGACCUGUGGAGAAUCACUUUCCUUUUUAGUGAUUGCCUCCUAUCGCGGGCCGUGAACCCUUCACCAGCCGUUUGUGGCUGCGCUUGACUCUUCCGGUCUUUUUAAGAUAUCCACCCGUUGCAACUCGGUAGAAGUGUGCUCCAAGAAAAGAUGUCCUCUCACCGUCAUCAGAGUGCUGAUCCAGCACCAGCUAUGAAGCGAAGCCUCUGCUGAACUCCUCCUGUGUUUUUGUAUUUAAGUAGCCUCACUAAUGGACUAUGAAUUUUGUUAUAUAAAUAAGCUCCUUGUGAGUUCAUGUUGGUAUCUCUCUCCCCAUUAUUAAUUUUGUAAUAGGUGUUGCUUUUAUUCCGUUUGUGUUUUUGAGUUGUGUAUUAAUACGUUUGUUUUUAGCAUGUUUAAUUUAUUAGUCCGUUUGCUGAUAGAAGCCUCAAUGGAGACCAGUUACAUAGAAACUCGUUCACCCCGAGAAGCAGGCGGGAAUACGGCGAAGUAUGCAAACCCCUACAGACUUAUUUAAUCAUACCGUGACACACGUGGCUUACCUACAUCCAAAGACGAACGAGGAGCCGUGCAAGGCGAUGCCCCUGGGCUCGUUUAUGUAAAUAUGAUUUCUGAAGUUUUAAUACAGAUGUUACAGAAUGUUAGAGCGGAUUAUCUCCGGGAGUCAGCAAUCAAUAACUCAUUAACUCCACGCCGGCCCUUCGUCAUCGUAAAUACCAUGAAGUGUGUGCAGUCUUGAAACUUGAUUUGGAGACAAAAAGAAAAAAAAAACGACGGGUAUACUUGAAAUGUUGGGCAUUUGCUUGAUUGGAAAGUAAAGAAAGAACGAAAUCGCGUAAAAACUGGCGAUUGUUUUGAGUAAGUGUGGAUCAUGCAGACCGUUCCCAACUCAGCACUUCGGAUGCGGCGCGAAUCCCAACGUUAGCCAAAACCAUAUUUAUGUGCUGUGAGUUUAUUUUUAUCUUUUUGUUUAUGUGUGAUUUGGAAUCGUCUCCGUACGUGCAAGAAUGAUCCCCACAUGCUUCAUUUCAAGCCGUUUGCCCUAUUUUGGUUUUGCUCCUCUUCAGUUGGAGCUCGACACGCAGGAGAUGGGGGGUGGCACCCUGGAGAGCGGUACUCAAAGACUGCUUACUAUGGAAAAAGGCUACACAGAAACCCUGUGCUGCACUUUUUACUCGAGCGCAACUCGUUCUCCAAGAACACGGAACAGUUGUGAAGUGGGAUAGAUGAUCUGGUGUUGUUCUCCACCCACUCAAGCAAACAAUAAAUGAGGUAUAAUUGGGUGUACAUACAACACAAGCCAAUAUUAACAUUGUUAAUGAUUUUUUAAAUGAAUAUACAUGACUUCUCAUUUUUUCCCUCCGCUUUGGGCAACGACCGUGAGAACGGAGGGAUGUUGUCAAGCGUUGAAACCACUCGUUAAAGCACGAUUUCUCCUCCAUGUAUCAACAUCUCAGGAUCCAGCAAAGCAAAACCAACACUUUAGACCCCUGGCAAAAUCAGGCGGACCAUCACAUUUAAAUAACUGAGAAUCACAGCUCAUGCUUUCAAAGUGCUGCUCAGCUACAACGGCUAGAUUAAAGCCUGAUGGGAAUGGCGCUGCUGGUGUCUGAUCUAUCAGACAAGGCUCUGAGUUGAACGAUAGAUGUGCAGUAGUUACUUUUGCUUGUUUUUACACCUCGGAGGAAAGCAGAGAAUGUAGACACAAAUAAUGCUUUGGAAGGUGGAUGUUCACCAACGAAAGGUCAUGUCUAAUCCUCACUUUUUCCCCUGCAUUUUCAUUUAUUUAAAUGGCAAAAGGAAGAAAUGAGCUUUCUUUUUCUCUGUAGCAGCCUCACUUUUCUCAGGUUAGAGACAUCUUUUCUAAGUAAUGGUGGAAAAUAAAACUUUCACUUGCCGAUAAUCUUAAUUGGAGUUUAGUUGUGCUUUAUUGUGCUCCCUCAAAUCUUGGAAAGACAUUAAAAUGCUCUAUUUUUGUGGUAAA